AUGUCUCAAAAUGAAGAACUAUUUACAACACGUAUGCGAAAAGCGACAAGAAAAAUACAUAACGUGAGUGAUGCACUCGUAAAUGCAAAGUUUGCUAUUUCUUUAAGAGAUGAAACAGUCUGGGGAGGUGGAUUGUUUGUAUUUUAUCAUAUCUUUGCUUUUCUCGAAGAUGCAAAGAAAAGGUUAAAUAUGUCACAAUUUGAUAAACUUUUUGUCAAAGAUAUUUUAUACAGAAAACAAGCUUUUGAAGAUGACUUGACACAUUAUCUUGGUGAAAACUGGAGGUCCUUGCCAAAAUCUCUGGCUUUAGAGAACUAUUUAGAACACUUGCAAAAUUUAGAAAAAGAGAAUCCCAAGCUAUUGAUGGCAUAUGUAUAUCAUUUGUACUUGGGCUUGUUGAGUGGUGGUCAGAUACUUGCUAAGAAGAGGAAUGUUUUUGGAGAAAAUAACUCAAAAAAAAUUGCAUACUCUGAUAAGGUAACUGAUUUUACGGGAGAAGACAUUGCUUUAUUAAAAAAAGAUUUUAGACAAGCCAUGAAUGAAAUAGCAGAAACCAUGUCGGAAGAUGAAAAAGAGGCAUUUAUAGAAGAAAAACGACCGGUUGCUUGGCGGUCAUUGACAGGU